AUGUUGUCUGCAUCAAAAAUAAGUACAAAGUGCACUUCACGGUUGAGAGUUUUCAAUAAUGUGAGACUGCAAUCAACUAAAGCAGGCAGUGCACGUGAUGGUAUUGAGAGUAGUGCUAAAGUUUCUCAGAGCGGAUCCGAGAGAGAAGCUGAGAGUACGAGAAUUUCAGAUGAGGAUGCACAAGUUUUAUUGGACAGAUUGUUCAGGAAAAACAUGCCAACAUGGUCAUUAAAAUCAUCGUUGAAGCCAUACUCCAGAAAUAGAACAUUCGCAAAUAUUCAGGAGAAGAACAAGUUCGAGGCUCUGGACAAAAAGCUACUUGAGCUUCAACAUCAGCCGGUUGAUUUUCAUUACUACUUGAGAAACAUGUCCGAUUUAAAAAGUGCCAACCAGCUUCCUUACAAAUUUGGAUCGAACCAACUUGUUUCAGAUGAUGCAAAGCUUAAGCACUUCCUUCGUCAGAUAGUCUGGGAGUUCAACGCUCCAAUAAGAUACGCAUUUGGAUAUGGAUCCAAAGUUUUUGGCCAGGGCAAGAAUGUCGACAGUUCUAAGUCCCAGGUGGAUAUGAUAUUUGCUGUUUCUUACCCGGACCACUGGCACUCAUUAAACCUCCACCAGUAUUCCGAUCACUACUCGUGGAUAAGGAUGCUGGGAUCCGAGGCAAUCUCGAAAAUUGGAAGUUGGGGAGCUGGCGUUUACUUCAAUCCAUUUGUGAAGAUGAACUUCCAAAAAAGCGAGAAUUUGAGGGGUCAAAGUUCUGAUUUUGAGCUAAAAUACGGUGUUACUUCCGUUGACAACCUCAUUGAUGAUCUUACUAACUGGUCCACGAUGUAUCUUAGUGGACGAAUGCAGAAACCAUUGGCAAUAGUGCGAGACACUCCUCAGAUUUCGCUAUUGGAGCAGUUUAACCUAGUGAGUGCUUUAAAACUGGCUGUUUUGAUGGUAGGCAAACCAGAAUUUACUGAGCAUGAAUUAUAUCGUGCCAUUACCUCAAUGUCAUACAUGGGAGAUCCUAGGAUUGCUAUGGGUGGGGAAAACCCCAAUAAAGUUGAAAAUAUCGUCUCUGCGCAAUUUCCAUAUUUCAGAAAGCUAUACCUUCCAUUGAUUCAGAGCUAUUUCACUGAUACGAUACAGAUCACAAGCGACAUAAAUUCGGCUGCCGAACAUCAAUUUAAGUUUGCCGACUCAUCAAAGGUUAAAGCUGCAUUCUUAUCUGAGCUUCCAAAGAGCUUUAGAAAGAAGGUUCUAUCCAAGUAUGUCUCAAAAUACGAGCGGGAGUUUUCGAAAGAUCUUCUUUCACAAAAUUCUUUGGGCAGACUUCCAUCAGUCGUGUCUACGGCUUUCAAACCGGUUAAGGCACAUCAAGAUUUGACCUUCAUGGAGCUUCAGGAUUUGGCAAAAACACCUGCAACAAGAUUGUCCGAGAUUCCUGUUGAGGACUGGGAGUACAUUCCAGAGAAUAGUGAUUUCAGGACUGCGGAAUUUGUUCAGAGGAUUGCGGAUGAUGAGCAUCUUGCAGAAAACUUGAAGCUUAGUGUCAAACAGACAGUUUCAAGACCUGCAAUGAUUCAAACAUGUAAAGGUGUUUUGACCGCAGGAAUUUCAAGAUCCGUGCAGUAUGCUCUUGACAAAAGGAGAAAGUACCGCUCUGGAAAGGAACACAAACAGUAA